GAAUUACCGCCGGUCUGGCCUGUACUACCUCCCUUCCUAGGUAAGAGCGGAGGACAGCUGCCACGUUGAGCCGCGGUGCGCGUCGUCUACGCUCGCCGCUGUGUGGUUUAGUGUACGUCGGACACACGCGAUACCUGCGUUGUCUCUGAUAGCUAGACCCAAUUGGAAGGUGAACCUCGCAUUCUCGACCAACCUCCACCUCAAGCUUGCCAUCUCAACUAUAUAAGGAGCCUGAGCGACCCCUCAAACCACCAGGCAAGCAUCACACCAGCCCUCUGUCCAUCAACAGCAGCCCUUCGUUCCAGCUUCGAGCAAAUCGUUCUUUGAACUCCCUCCAAAUGCGUUUCGAGAUCCUCCUCGCGCUUUUGCCUCUGGCACUUGGCGCGCCCGUCGUCACUCCUCGCGCUGGCCAAAUCAUCCCUGGAAAGUACAUCGUCAAGUUUAAGGACGCCGAAGUUACGACUGCUGUUGAGAGCGCCAUUGGUCUGUUGGAGAAGGCUCCCGCCCAUGUCUAUGGUUUUGGCAAAUUCAAGGGUUUCGCCGCUGAGAUGAAUGAUGCCAUGGUCAAGAAGAUUGCUGCCCUGCCGAAUGUUGAGUACGUUGAAAAGGACGCCGUCGUGACUGCCUGGCUCGACGAAGACAGCCUGGAGAAGAAGACCUACGUCACCCAGGGCUCUUCCACCUGGGGUCUCGGCCGCAUUUCCCACGUCAAUAGGGGCACCUCAUCGUACACCUACGAUGACAGCGCCGGUGCCAACACCUGCUCCUACGUGAUUGACACUGGCAUCUACACCUCUCACCCAGAAUUCGAGGGCCGUGCCACUUUCCUUGCCAACUACGCUGGUGAUGGCUCCAACACUGAUGGAAACGGCCACGGUACUCACGUCGCCGGAACCAUUGGCUCCAAGACGUACGGUGUCGCCAAGAAGACGAACCUCUACGCUGUCAAGGUCCUUGAUGCUAGCGGCUCCGGAACCAACUCUGGUGUCAUUGCUGGCAUGAACUUCGUCGCCAGCGACUCUAAGACGCGCAGCUGCCCCAACGGUGCUGUUGCCAACAUGUCUCUCGGUGGCAGCAAGUCCACGGCCGUGAACUCCGCCGCUGCCUCUAUGGUUUCCGCUGGUGUCUUCCUAGCUGUUGCUGCUGGUAACGACGGUGCCAACGCCGCCAACUACUCUCCCGCCUCCGAGGCCUCGGCUUGCACGGUCUGUGCGACGGAUAGCAGCGAUACCUUCGCUAGCUUUAGCAACUACGGCUCCGUCGUCGAUGUCUGUGCGCCUGGUGUCUCCAUCCUCUCCACCUGGAACAACGGUGGCACUAACUCCAUCUCUGGAACCUCCAUGGCCACUCCCCACGUCGCCGGUCUUGGUGCCUACCUUCUGGCUCUUGAGGGCAAGAUGACUCCUGCCGCCCUCUGCUCCCGCAUCCAGACCCUGUCCAACAAGAACAAGAUCUCUGGUGUUCCCUCCGGCACCAAGAACUAUCUCGCCUUCAACGGCAACCCCUCUGGCUAAGCGCCUAAUGCCUAGUAUGCUAAUGACUCGCUAUUUGCAUGAUAGAGGAAACUGUUUCGGGGUCGCAUAGAAAAGGAUUUUCCUCAUGAAGUUAUGGCUCCUGGAUGCAUGCGCGGAUGAUCUGGGAUUCCAUAUGAGUAAUGUAGUUUCUAUUACGAGUUUUUGAAACUAUCACCUUCC